AUGUCUGGACGUGGUAAAGGAGGAAAAGCUCGCAAUAAGGCCAAAUCUCGAUCAACUCGUGCCGGUCUACAAUUCCCUGUCGGUCGUGUACACAGAAUGUUGAGAAAAGGCAACUAUGCCGAACGUGUUGGUGCUGGUGCUCCAGUUUACCUUGCAGCAGUAAUGGAAUACUUGGCUGCUGAAAUCUUGGAAUUGGCAGGUAAUGCCGCUCGCGACAACAAGAAACAGAGAAUUGUUCCUCGUCACUUGCAAUUGGCCAUCAGAAAUGAUGAAGAAUUGAACAAACUCUUGAGCGGAGUCACCAUCGCCCAAGGUGGUGUAUUGCCUAACAUCCAGGCUGUACUUUUGCCCAAGAAGAGCAAAGUACCAAUCGCCGGCUCCAAGAAGGGUUCCAGCCAAUCCCAGGAAUACUAAUUUCCCAAUUUAUGAAUAAAGCAGUUAGCGUGCUGUAGAAUUAAAACAAACGGCUUUUUUUAAAGCCACAUUUCUCAACAAAAGUCUUUAUUCCAAUCUUGCUCAUAUGUUCUCAUUUAUUACUAUAAUCCUGUAUAUCGUGUUCUAUGCAAAUCUCACAAACACUACUUCCAUGCUCUAUGGAAUACUGCGUUACAUGGAAUUAUUCUGACCGACAGAGAUAAAAUCUCAGUACAGUAUAGUAAUUGAUAAUGUAAUAAAUACACUUUACUUUAAAUCGUCUUUUAUUUAAAGAUAUUUAUGAUCUGCAUCGUAAGCCGAGAUCGAUGCUUGAUCUCGAAACUGUAAAUAAAAACUUUACAUAGAU